UUUUUCUCUUUUUUUUUUUUUUUUUAUCUUGGUUUAGAAUCUAUGGAUGGAAGCAACUGUUAUAAAACAUGCUAUUCAAAUAUAUCGACAAUAUGAACAGAAUUUUUUCAACACGUUGACAGAUAUCACCACACAUGACUUGUAUAUGUAUGGAGAAGUAGGCUUUUAUCUGUGUGGACUUAAACCCAUGGUCCUAUUUGAUGUUAUCACAGCUCUUCCUGACUAUAUUGACCAGGUUGUUCGACCUUGGAUGGACCAAUACAACAACUUGCUUGUCAACAGUGUACUAGUGAAGCGACAACUAUAUACUCCUGAAAUAGAUGGCCAAUGGAUGUUUCUCCUUGUACGAACGAAAACAACAUCUCACCUUCUUCAGCAAGAACAACUGCACAUGUCGGAAGAACAACUGGCAACAUUAUUGGAUUAUCCGGGUCGUUUACCUCGUUCCAUGGAUGAAUUACCUACGAUGCGUGAAGUCGUUUAUUAUGAUCAACACACUAGACUUGUCUUGACCACCUUUGCUAGUCAAUUGGAACAACAACAGCAAGUGAUGCAACAUUUUACAAGGUAUAAGGAUACUAUGCUUCCAUUUGGAUUGGAUAUUGCUUGAAAUAGGAUUUAAUCAUGAACAGUGACAACCCGAUGAUAUCAGAUGGAGGAUGAUUUUUUGAUAGGGAUGAUAAAUCACGCUAUGGAUAAAAAAUGAUGACAGAAAGAUGCAUGAAUAACAUAGGAUGAUGCAUUCUAUAAAACAAAUAAAAAUGCUGCUAUGUGUGACGGAAAUGUCUUUCAAAGAAAGAGAAACCUACUUUUUCCGCUCUCUAUAAAAAUCAAAUCGGGAAGGAAUAUCGUUCAUCCAGACAUGCAGACAAUCAUCCAUCAUCCCAUUGUCUUCUAAAAAAAGUAGGUUUCUUUCAGCUCCGAUUUAGUAUCCAUCAUUCAAAAAGCCAAGAAAAACAAA